GAAGGUAAAGAGGAGCAAAUAGGAAGAUCCUUGGCUAAGACUAGUGUUAGGUAGUAUCCUACUACUACCAACAUCUUGAGAUCGACAGCGCAACUUCAGCGUUCAUCUCGCCAAAUUUCUUAACUUUCAUUUAAAGGCAAGAUCUUCCUUUUCAUUUUUAUUUGCAAUUUUGUCCCCCCAAUUUAUUUUCAAUAAUACAAUAAAUAAUAAAUACUGUUCUACCUUUCAUUACCCCCUCCCUACUACUACCCCUCUUCUUGGUUCAAUCAGAUCUGCUGUACAUUUCCUCCAAUUCCAUGGUUUUUUAACCAAAUUACGAGGUUUUGAAGUGGAGGGUUGAUUGAUCAGUGACAACCGACGAAAAAAAGAAGGUAAACAAAAAUGGGUGAAAAAACUGAAAAUCGAGGAGGAUUUCAGCUCGGAACUGUUGGGGCUUUAAGUCUCUCAGUUGUGUCAUCUGUUUCAAUUGUCAUUUGCAAUAAAGCCCUUAUUAGUACUCUGGGUUUUAAUUUUGCUACUACAUUGACGAGCUGGCAUCUGCUUGUUACUUUUUGUUCUCUUCACGUAGCUUUAAAAAUGAAAUUAUUUGAACACAAACCCUUCGAGCGAAAAGCUGUUUUGGGUUUUGGCAUUCUAAAUGGAAUAUCGAUUGGACUUUUGAAUCUGAGUUUGGGCUUCAAUUCUGUCGGAUUCUAUCAGAUGACAAAGCUUGCAAUCAUCCCCUGCACUGUCUUUCUGGAAACAGUCUUUUUUAAGAAGAAAUUCAGCCGGAGCAUACAGAGCUCUCUUGCUGUACUUCUUAUGGGAGUGGGGAUUGCAACUGUGACAGAUCUGCAGCUGAAUGCUCUGGGAUCUUUCUUAUCUUUCCUUGCAGUGAUCACAACAUGUGUUGCGCAGAUUAUGACUAAUACCAUCCAGAAGAAGUUUAAAGUUUCUUCAACUCAGCUCCUGUACCAAUCGAGUCCUUACCAAGCAGCAACACUGUUGGUCUCUGGGCCAUUUCUCGAUAAGCUUUUGACGAGUCAAGAUGUUUUUACUUUCAAAUAUACAACACAAGUACUGAUGUUCAUCAUUGUUUCCUGUUUGAUUGCCGUCUCCGUUAAUUUCAGUACUUUCCUUGUGAUUGGAAAGACGUCUCCAGUGACUUAUCAGGUGCUAGGACAUCUGAAAACAUGCCUAGUUUUGGCAUUUGGCUACAUCUUGCUCCAUGAUCCAUUUAGCUGGAGGAAUAUUCUAGGAAUAUUAGUUGCCUUGGGGGGAAUGAUUCUUUAUUCCUACUACUGUACCCGAGAAACUCAGAAGAAGGCUUCUGAAGCAGCACCAUUGUCCCAGGUUAAGGGAGAUGAGUCUGAUCCUUUAAUAAAAAUGGAAAGUGGAGGAGCCAAGGGGUCUACCUGAUGGGAGUUUUCGGGAGGAACUCUAACAAAGAGUUACUUGUUUGACGGAUUCCUCAGCUCUGUAUGCCGUUGAUAAACACUGCGAGAACUGCUUUUCUGCUUUUGUGAAGAUUAUAGAGUUAGCCGGGGGUUCUCAUGUAAUGGCUAUCAUACCAAGAUCAACAGGUACGGUCUCGUGAUGUGGGAGCUUUCAGCAAUACCUUGGCAGAACUGCCCUUAAUAUCACCAUUUUUGUCAUAUGAAUAGUUUGGCAAGCCAAUUGAUAAUCACUAGUCUUGGUUCUUAAUAUAGUGCAAAAUGUCAUCAUAGAUUUUAUAUAUCAUCAAGAUAUAGAAUUCUUUAAUGCCUUUCAGCUUUGUGUGUCGAUUCUAUUGUCUUUUAUGUGCACCAUGAUAUUCAAACAGAAGGGUUAAUGUUUGGAACAUUGUAAACAGAAAAUAGUGAUACUUCGGUUGCAUGUAGAAA